AUGAAUUCACAUGAAUACAAGAGUGAUUGCAUAAUUUUUGAUGAUAGUUAUGAAGGAUAUUCAGCGAAGAAUUUCACUUUACCAGAAAUCUAUGAAAAACAUAUUUCAAACAUUUUAAUUCCGGGUGGAAUGGUUCGAAGUCGUUUGGAAAGAAUGUCUAUUGAUAUACUGGAUGAUUAUGAGAAAUCUGGUGUACAAUCUGUCUACGUGAUUUGUAUAUUGAAAGGAGGCUUCAGAUUCGCUUCCGAAAUAUGGAAAACGUUACAAAAGUAUUCAUUUACACGUGAAAAUUACAUAAGAGUUAGUAUCGACUUCGUCGCUGCAAGUACAUACGUUGAUGAUUCCGUAGGUCAUGAUACCAAAAUCACUCCGUGUACAAAUAUGGAGAAGUUCAGAGAUAAGGACGUACUCAUUGUGGAAGAUAUGGUUGACACUGGCACAAGUUUAAACGAACUGGAGAGAUUUGUGAAGAAAUACGAACCGAAAUCUGUUCGUUCAGCAUGUUUUUCUAGUAAAAAACAAACAAUAACUUUUCCUGGAUAUAAACCAACCUAUGUUGGCUUCGAAGUACCGAAUGUAUUCAUAGUUGGUUAUGGUAUCGACUACAACGAUCGCUUCCGUGAAUUGCCACAUGUCUGUGCAGUGAACGAUGAAGGUAAACGUGAAUUCCUUGGUCAAGGGUAA